UAUUCCAUGGGAUGAGUUCCUCUCCUAUUUCGGUGACUCUCUGCGUUAUUCGCGUCGAGAUCGUUGACGAGAAUUCUGAGGAAUCGAAUGGAGCAAUGGCUGCAAAGAUGAGGGGUCGCAGAGAACCAACCAAGAUAAAUAUGGAGAACUGCACAAAUCUUACAGAAAAGCCGGACUUGUUAGUUCCUUCUCAGGGAACCAGCACAUCUGGCUCUACCUCUAGAGCUAAUUCUGAAGAAGCUACUUAUGAUAAUUCAGAUAUGGCUGGUGCAAGUGCCAGUGUCUGUGAUCAAAUAAACUUCAUCUCUGGAAAUCCAUUUGUAGAAGUGACUAAAGGAAUUAUACAUUUGUACAAAGAAAACAAAUUGACAGAUAUACGCCAAGCGGCAGAACGUACUCAGACUCUUUGCAUCCUGUCUGUACCAGCUACAAUGACCUGCCAUGAUCUUCUGAGGUUUACAGCACCUUGCCAUCAAGAUAUACGACAUUUCAGAAUACUCAGAGAUGGUAGUCCUAACCAGUACAUGGCAUUAAUUACUUUCAAGUCUGCGAAUGCAGCAACAGAAUUUUAUGGUUCUUUUCAUGGUUGCCCGUAUAAUUCCUUCGAGCCAGAUGUUAUUUGCCACAUGGUGUUUGUGUACAGUGUAGAAGUAACAUAUAAUGCUAUGCCUUUGUCCGGACACACGGAACUACCACUUUGUCCGGUUUGCUUGGAGAGAAUGGAUGAGAGUGUAGAUGGAAUUUUAACAAUUCUGUGCAAUCACACGUUUCAUGCAAGUUGUUUAGCCAAAUGGGGAGACACUUCUUGUCCAGUUUGUAGAUAUGCUCAAACACCAGAAUCGCUUGCAGACAGCUACUGCAUGGAAUGCAAUAGUACCGAAAGUAACGAUGCUCUGUGGAUCUGCUUAAUAUGUGGACACAUAGGCUGUUCGCGAUAUCAUCAAGGUCAUGCCUUCCAGCACUACCGUGAAACACAACACUGUUACGCCAUGCAAUUAGGGAAUAAUAGAGUUUGGGAUUACGUAGGAGAUAAUUUCGUUCAUCGGUUGCUGCAAAACAAGGACGGGAAAAUGGUCGAAGGCGGCCCAACAGCAACUAAAGCUGAAGGCGCUGCAAUGGAAGAGAAAGUAGAUUCUGUACAAUUGGAAUUCACUUAUCUUUUAACGUCGCAACUAGAAACUCAGAGACAGUAUUUCGAAGAGAGACUUGCGCGGCUAGAGCAACACUCUGUUUUACAAACUACAGAACUUAGGGAUAAGCUAAGCCAAGUAUCGGAAGAAAGUGCUAAACUUAAGGAGGAGCUAGCUACAUUAAGUCGUGAGAAACAAAGUGUGGACAAGCGACUGCAACAAGUUAGUAAUAAAUUGGUGCAAGUUCAGGCGGAAUUGACUGAAGAGAAAGAAUUAAGAAAGGCAUUAGAAUUGAAUCAGGUCACUUGGCAGGACAAAUAUAAAACACUACAAAAUGAAAUGACCGAAUAUCAAAGCACUAAACAAGCAGAAGUCACAGAUCUGAAGGAGCAAGUACAGGAUUUAAUGUUCUACAUUGAUGCUCAAAAGAAAGUGGAAAAUUCGGAGCUAAGGGAAGAAAUAGCAUCAGGUCGCAUAAUGAUCCCGGAAACAUCGGGUACUGUUAAAAAGAACACUCGACCUUCCAAGUCUCGCAAAAAACGUUGA